AUGAACGAUCUGAACGACAUUGAGCGCGCGCCGUCGCGGCGUUCCCAUUCAUUACGUCCGAUUCAGUCGAAAGGCGAUGUAGCGUCCACGACUAAAUCCGAACCAAGCACAGGGGCUCCACUCAAGCGCGAGGCGAGCGCGAUCGAGGAUACUGCCGCGGCGUUGGCGGCGGCGGACCCAGGCAUCGAGGAGGAGAAGGAGGAUAGCGGCCUGCCGAAUGGAGGAUACGGCUGGGUUAUUGUGCUGUGUAUCCUUGGCCUCAACGCUUGUACUUGGGGCGUCAACACAACCUACGGCGUCUUCUCCGCCUACUUUCUCCAGAACAACUACUACGGCGGCACCCAACUGGACUAUUCCUGGGUCGGCGGCCUCAGUGCCGCCAUCGCAGUCUUCCAAGGCCCCUUUGUAAACUGGAUGGUCCGCCGCUUCGGAUUCAAGACGCCGCUAUACAUCGGAGCUGUCUGCGUCGGCCUGGGACAAUGUAUGGCGGGCGUCGCCACCUCCUUUGCCGGCUUCAUCGUGUGUCAAGGCGUCGUCUUCGGUAUCGGCAUGGGGUUUAUUCUCGUGCCGUCUCAGCCGUUGAUCGCGCAUUGGUUCGACCACCGCCUCUCCCUCGCACAAGGUCUCGGACAGGCUGGGAGCGGUGUGGGCGCCCUCAUCUUCAGCAACACCACUCCUAUUCUCCUGCAUAAAUUGGGAGUCAAGUGGACGUACGUUAUCAAUGGGUGUAUUUGCUUUGCGAUUCUUUUCCCGGCCGUUUUCCUGCUCAAGGGGAGGCAUAAGGCCGUACAGGCGCGGAGUGCCCCGCUCGAGUUCAAGUGGUUCUGGCAUCCGGGUUAUCGGUGGAUUCUCCUCUGGGCGUUUUUGACCAUGAUGGGCUACUUUAUCACAAUCUACACCCUCGCCUCAUUCUGUACCGACGCGCUCGGCCUUUCCCAGAAACAAGGCGGCGCCGUGCAGUCGAUCCUUGCGGCUGGACAAAUCGUCGGCCGUCCACUGUGGGGAUACCUCCUCGACCGAGGAGGACGGGUCAACAUGGUCGUGAUAUCCUACGUCAUUGCGGGGAUAACCACCCUAACCAUCUGGAUGUUGGGCCGCUCAUUCUCCGUCAUGGCGUUAUAUGGAUUCAUAGCGGGCGCAACGAACGGGACAAUCCACUCAGCCUCAACGCCUCUCUCAGCCAGUGUCGUCGGGUUACCAGACCUAGCCUCAGCACUGGCAAUGUACUGGCUCACCCUCGGCGUGCCCAACCUCGUCGGCCAGCCUUUUGGCAUCAUGCUCGUCGAUUACUCGCGCAACAAGCUGGGCAGGACCGGAGCAUCAGCUUACACCAUCAGUAUAGGCUUUUGCGGGGGGUUGUACCUCGCCGCAGCGAUUGUGCUUCUUGGCGCAAAGCGAUAUCUUCAAGGAGAUUGGAAGGUGUUCAAGCGGACAUAG